AUGAAUGACCAUGCUAGGGCAUGUGGUCGAUGCAUUGAAAGUACUAUUUAUGGAAGAGGGUCUCUAAGUGCUCAUGGAAAGGAGAAACCAUCGAAGAACCAUCCAAUUUCACUUCUUCCUUUUGAAAUUUUGUGUUCUGAAUUCAACAAAAAAAUGGGAAAAGCUACAAGGUGGUUGAAGGGCUUGCUGGGGAUGAAGAAAGACAAGGAAAAUGUGGAGAAUCAUUCAAAUCAUGGUGAAAAGAAAGAGAAGAGAAGAUGGAGCUUUGCUAAGUCCGGUAAGGAUUCCGGCGGAUUGACUCAGAUUCAGGUGACUGACGGGGCAUGGAUGAGAUCUUAUAUUGAUGAGACAGAGAAGGAGCAGAACAAGCAUGCCAUUGCCGUGGCUGCUGCCACGGCGGCUGUGGCUGACGCUGCUAUUGCUGCAGCUCAGGCAGCGGUGGCUGUUGUGAGGCUUACCAGCCACGGCAGAGGAGGUUUGUUUCAUGGUGGCAGAGAAAGGUUGGCCGCCAUCAAGAUUCAGACAGUUUUUAGAGGCUUGUUGGCCCGAAAAGCACUACGAGCUCUAAGAGGACUCGUAAAAUUACAGGCUGUUGUUAGGGGCUUCCUUGUACGAAAGCGUGCUUCUGCGACAUUAUACAGUAUGGAAGCCCUCAUUCGAGCACAGACUGCUGUUCGGUACCAAAGGAAUCGUCGUUCAAUCAGUAACGAUUACAGAUUCCAACCAGAAAUGCGCGCUAAGAAGUCCAUUGAAACUAGGAGUGAGUUUCAUAGCAAGAGAAUAUCAGCUUCUUAUGACCUUUCCCAUAAUGCAUUUGAUGAGAACUCGAAAAUAGUUGAAGUCGACCCUCACAAUCCCGGAUCAAGAUCAAGGUCACGUAGAAUAAACACUUGUGUUUCACAGUGCUGCGAUGACCAAUACUAUCAAGGAAUUCCAUCUCCUCUUCGAGUUCAAUUAUCAAUCCCCGAUCAUCAUCACCACGUUCAUGAUUUUGACUGGAACUUCAUGGCUGAAGAUUACAAGUUUUCGACUGCACAUAGCACUCCUAGAUUCAUGACUUGUGGGCGGGCAAAUGGUCCAGUUACACCAAGCAAGAGUGUAUGUGGGGACGGCUUCUUCAGGCAAUACUCGAAAUGUCCCAACUAUAUGUCAAACACACAGUCAUUCAGGGCAAAGCUAAGGUCUCUAAGCGCCCCAAAACAAAGACCCGACUCCGGCCCUAAGAAGAGGCUUUCGCUGAACGAAAUAAUGGCUUCAAGGACUAGCUUUAGUGGUGUUAGAAUGCAGAGGGCAAGUUCUCAAGUUCAACAAGAUUUUGAUUAA